UCAAGUACCGACUUCUAUGGUCAUUCCAUGUUCUUCACUAGCGCGAAGCCACAAGGGCUGGAAGAAGAGCGUUUGACUGUAACAACUGAAACCAACACAAACUUUCACGAAUUUCCCCUGUCUCCAGUAUUUACCUGAGCAGUAAUGGGAGAUCCUGGCUUGCACAGAGAUUGCCCACUGGACUGCAAGGUGUAUGUUGGGAAUCUAGGAAACAAUGGCAACAAGGCAGAGUUGGAGAGAUCAUUUGGCUAUUAUGGACCUUUGCGCAGUGUGUGGGUGGCCAGGAAUCCCCCAGGUUUCGCUUUUGUUGAAUUUGAGGACCCAAGAGAUGCCACAGAUGCCGUGAGGGAACUGGAUGGAAGGACCCUGUGCGGGUGUCGGGUGCGAGUGGAGCUGUCCACAGGGGAGAAGCGCUCCAGGACCCGAGGACCACCCCCUUCGUGGAGCCGCCGCCCACGCGAUGACUACAGGCGCGGCCGCAGCCCGCCCGCAAGACGCCGAUCUCCGAGGAGGAGGAGCUUCAGCCGCAGUCGCAGCAGGUCUCUUUCAAGAGACAGAAGUAGAAGGGAGAGGUCUCUCUCCCGUGACAGGAACCACAAGCCUUCAAGGUCCUUUUCAAGGUCAAAAAGUCGUUCUAGGUCUUACGACAGGAAAUGAACGCCGCAAAGGAAGGUAGAAGAACCUGGUAGAGGAACUGUUAUCCUAAAGGAUGUGAUGUAAUGAGUGUGUGAGUGGAUGUGUAUUGUCCCCUUUCGUCUCAGUUUUUCUCAUGACUGUCUGAGACAAUGUACAACCUGCCUACGUUAAACUGUACACAAAUGUCAAAGUUCAAGGUUGCUUCUGCAUUUUUUUUUUUUUGCUUUUUUUUUUUUUAUCUAAUUAUGCUUGAUCAGUGAUGCCCUUGUUUUAAACUGGUAUAUGUCCCGCUUGUCAAAUGUUUGUAUUUAGCAGCCACCAUUGCCUUGUUCAAUGCUGUAACCCUGUAGAACUCUUACAACCCUUUUUUUAUUUACCAACUUUUGGAAUGUUUUUUUUCUGUCUUCGAAUUAAAAUGUUACAAGGA